GGGAGACCGUGGAGAGGUGUGCGAUUAUCGGUGAGCGGAGUAAUAACACUGACACUGAUUGAGGGUGUUGUGAUAUGAAGCAAGCUUGAGCAUGAUAGCCUGUGUUGACAAGUUGCAAGGGAACGUUCUGGACUUUUAUGAGCCUGUUUACGUUCUCAGCACAGGAAAUGGCAACGAGGUCAUCUUCCCUACGCAUUGGAGUUGUAGGAUUUGGACAUCUAGGGCAAUACUUGGUGGAAAGAAUCCUCACAGAUGGAGCCACUGUGGGCUUGACUCUGGCCUUUGUUUGGAACCGAAAUCCUGCUAAACUCAAAGGUUUGGUCCCAGAUGAGCUGCAACUAGGUGACCUGUCGUCAUUUGCAAACAGGCAAUGUGACGUCAUCGUGGAAGUGUGCCAUCCGCAGGUGGUGAAAGAAUUUGGAGUCCACUUCCUGUCUUGCUGUCAUUUUAUGGUGGGCUCUCCCUCUGCCCUCGCUGAUCAUGACUUGAAUGAGAACCUCCAUAAGGCGGCUCGGCUGUACGGGAGAACACUGUACGUGCCCAGUGGUGCAUUAUGGGGCGGCCAGGACAUCCAGAGGUUGAACGACAGUGGGGCCUUGAAGGCUUUGUUCAUAAGAAUGUCCAAACAUCCGUCCUGCUUCCGGCUGACAGGAGACGUCCUCUCUGAGUGGACAGAGGGUGAGGGUAGGCGGGUUUUAUUCAGGGGUUCCGUAGCAGAGCUGUGCCCCCUCGCUCCCAACAACGUCAACACCAUGGCGGCGGCAGCGGUGGCUGCAGGGAAUCUCGGCUUUAACGGCGUCCGUGGAGAGAUUGUGUCAGACACGGCGUUGAGCGACUAUCAUGUAGUGGAGGUGGAGGUGACGGGGCCUGAUGGUUUCUCGGCGCGCACAGUGAGGAGGAAUCCAGCCCGACUCGGUGCUGUAACCGGUAGUGCAACAUACAACUCCUUUUGGAAUAGUUUACUUGUUUGCAAAGGUCACGGCGGUCGAGUUUACUUGUGCUGAAGCAACUAAUGGCCACAGAAUAUCCAGGAAAAGAGCGGAAUGGAGGAUGUGAGUCUUAUCUAUGUACAAAGGCUAAUGAAAUAAAAACACACGCAAACAAGCCACAUCAUUUGUAAAACCUUGUCAGGUCUUAUAUAUUGACUCUUUAUUAUAAGUUCAUCUGGUGCAAGAUUGUAAGAAAUGAUAAAACUCUCACAGGGAGUACACAUCUGGCAAAAUGCAUUUCCUUACUUCCAGGCUGCUCUCUCACAGGCAAACACAGAUGCAUCGCUGAAACACAUCCUUAUUUUACUGCAGCUGUCUCAUCCUUAUAAAUACACGUCAAAACGCAAGCAGAUAGACAGGAGU